AUGGAAAGAAGCUACUUCGGCCAUACUGUUGGACUCGCCAGUUGGUUUGCUCGCGCUAUCCAAAUCAUCAGUGCGAUCAUUGUCCUUGGAAUCACAGCUUGGGCCGUACGAGGGACAAAGACCCUCACGGUGAUCUAUUCACUUAUUGUUGCUACAAUUACUGUAGUCGUUCUCGUGGUGGCUCCACUUAUAAGCUGCAUGACCCGUCAUUAUAGGUGGCAUAUAAUUCCUCUGAUACUCCUAGACGGAAUCUUGUCAUACUUGUGGCUUAUAUCGUUCGUUUUCUUGGCCCUCAAUUUCAACCGGAGAAACUGCCACAGGCACCGAUGGAACGGAGAGGUUACCUGCUCACGAAGCUAUGCUGCAGAAGCAUUCAGCUUUAUUGUCUUCUUCACUUCUCUCAUCGGCCUUGCUUUGGAAAUCUUGUUUCUCUAUCGUGCCAAACCCAAAACCGUACAACCCGUACAGCAAAUGGAGGGGGAGAACGCAUUGCCGGGAACUUGCGCGUGGAUGAUUUGG